AUGGGAACUCACAGGCUCACUUUUGUUGCCAUCGGAGGAGUUUACAUUGGUGUUGAACAGGUGGUUCAGAAUUAUAGUGCCAAGAGAGACUUUUUCAAUGGGGCUAUUGGUGGGUUUGUGGCUGGAGCUUCUGUGCUUGGAUAUAGACAAAUCUCUAUGAUAUAUCAGAAGUUCCAAGACUUUGUUGAUAUUGGAGUAUGUUCAGUGAACCCUCAAGAUAUCAUCAAGGAGCUUCCCAACAACGACAGCUGCUGGUGCAACUCUAGCUGUUACCUCUGCUUUGAUUUACUAUGGAGAUCAGACCGCAUAGACAACAACAUAAAUUAUUAUCCUUACACUCCCGUCGAGAAGAGGGCUCAAGUUGAUGCUUGA